AUGAGACGAGUAAAAAGACAUAAAGUGAAAGAAGAGCAGCCUGAAACCUCUACCUCUAUUCGUGAUAAAGAAGAACUUGACUUAACUUACUACAUACAUGACAGAGUGGAAUUAAUGCACCAAGUUUUCUCUGUACUAAAAGCUAAGGAGCUAAAAGCGAUGGCUCCACGAUGUGUGCAAUAUAUUUCCAUAAACGAUUUACAAGAGUUGUGUAUGGAAGAGCUUCUGGGCAUAAGUUCCAAACGUCUGUGUGCAAUACUUGACGGUGCCGAACCCCCAUCUGAUACGGAAUCAUCGAGCAGAUCCCCUUCUCCAGAGAAGUUGGAGACCAUAUCACUGGACAGCAUUUCCUCGGACGAGGAGAUUUUAAGUGAAAGUAGUAGCAAGAAAAAGAAGCACAAACACCGCCAUCGCCGCUCGAAAUCCAAGUCCAAACACCGACGGAAGUCAUCAUCCGAUGCGUCAGAGAACAACGAGGACAGAUCCAAAGCCUCUCGAGCCGGUCUGACGGUUCUGGAACUACUUGAGUUGCAAGCUCGCGCGAGGGCUAUACGAGCUCAACUACAACAAGAGCAAGCUGCUGCAGAUGUAACAGAGUCCGCUUCAGCAUCAGCAGCUCAUCACACGUCUGAUGAUGAAGUGGAGAUUAAAGAAGAGCCACCCGAAGUAGUUGAGAUCAGUAGCGAGGAUGAGAAGCCAAACAUCGAAGCCUUGCAGAAAGAAAUGGCACAAAUGUUACAAAACUCGGCUGAAGCUUCAACCAGAGAAACACAAACAGUUACAAAAAAGAUAAACGAUCUUAUCAUCACUGUCCCCCAAACUAAAACUACACGUAAAAUUAAACUAAACAGAAAUAAACCGUCUGCUUCAGUUUCAAACGCUAGUAGUGGAACUUCUGUAGUUGAUAAAACAAAUGCAACACAAUCGACUAAUAAGAUUGAUGAAAAAGUAAGCAAUAAGAACAGCGACAAUUCUAAAUCUAAUAAGACUGACAAAGUACAUAGAUUAGUUGUCUCUGAAAUUGUCACUGAUAAAUCACAAUCGUCAGAGAAGAUUUGUGCAGUAAAAGAGAAACCUAAGAAGAAACAGAAGAAGAAAGAAAAAGAGAAAGGUAAAAACAAAGAAGGAAGUGAUCACGACGAAAUAACAUUAGAACUGUCGGAUUCAGAGAAGAUGGAUCUUUUAGAAGAUUUAGAUAGGAAGAAUUAUGACAAUGUAUCAAGUUCUUUUACAGAAGACUCAGAAAGCAGCUCCGAUAGUAGUGAAGAAGAAGUAGAGAGUGUUAAAUGUGCACCCAAAGAUAAAAAUGUAGAAGUCUUAAAAACUGUGCCUAAAGAAGACGGUACUAAUUCAAAAUCCAAAGAGGUUGUUAAAAAUGAUAAGAAAUAUGGAAAACCAAUAUCGCCUUCCCAUGAAAAUAUUCAAAAUAAAGUAGGCGAAAUAUCCGAAAUCAGUGAUACAAAUGAACAUCAAGAAAGUAAACUAGAUACUUGUGUUGAAAUAUUACCUGAGACUCAAAUAACUAAUGCACAACUAGGAAAUAAACUUGAUAGUAAUAUUUUAAGUUUUCCUGAGACUCAAACAACUGAUGCACAAGUAAAUAAAAUUGAUAGUAAUAUUGAAACUUUACCUGACACUCAAACAAAUAAGAUGAUUGAAGUAACUACAUUGGAAGACAUUCCUUUACGCAAUGACGCAAGUUUGCAAGAUGUUACUAAAGACUUAGAUAAUUCUACGAUAACAGAGAAAAUUGUGAAUUUACAAAAAGAUUGUAGUAAUUUAAGGGAAUCUGAAGCAGAUAAAGUCAAUCCACAAAAAAUGGAGGUAGAUGCAGUUCAUGCAGAGGAUUCUAAAGUAAAUACCGAGGAAGAAAAAAACAUCACGGAUGAGAAAAUAGAAGUGGAUAGCAAUUUUAAAGAAAGCACAAAACAGCUUUCGGAAGGUGAAAUAUCGGAUCAUGAAAGUUCAGAGGUCGAAGCUUCUGACUUAAAACCUGAGAUCGUUUGUAUUUCCGAUGAAGAAACAGAUAGUAAAAAAAGUCACAAGAAAAAGAAGAACAAAAAACAGAAGAAAGUGAAGAAAGAAAAGAAAUCAAAAAAGUCACAGGAUUUUCGUAAUGGCGAGGAUGAAAAUUUUUACAAAGAAUCUAAUACAAAAGUUGAUAAUUCAGAUGUUACAACCAACACUCCGCAUGUCAGUGCCGAAAUAGACGCUGAAUCUUACAUUGAUGAUGACGUUUAUGAAGUCUUGGAGCUUUCCGAUGAAUCUUCCUGCAACGAUGUAGAAGGGACAGUAUUAUCUAAAGAACCUACAGCUGAAGAAAUUGAAGCUCUUUCAGCUAAAAUUGACGAAAUAGAACGAGUGGAAGUUGUUACUGAAGAAGAAAUUAGAGAACACGACCGUUUACAAGCCCAGAAGGAGGCCGAGGGUGAAGCAGAAAAUGUUUCUUGGAAAGAUCGGUAUUUAGUUAGUAAAAAAGUUAUAAAAGUCUUGUCUACGUCGAAUAUUCUUAAUGCUAUGAGGAAAAAGAAUAAAGAACUUAAAAGAAAGCUAGAACAAUCUAAAAAUGAGAAGGUGGCAACAUUGUCAAAUAUAGUGGAAAGAAAUAUAGAAGUUAAUUUAGAAGAAGGAUCCAUAGAGCAUUAUAACACUUUGGAAGGUUCAACAAAGUAUGUUGACCCAGUGCGCGAGGAAAAAGAAAUUCAAGACGAAAUGAAAGAAGUUACAGAAGGGAAAAUCACAAAAGAAAUGAAAAAGGAUGCAAAGCAACUGCUUAAAAUGUAUAAGAAAUUACUAAAAUAUAACGAUAUGAACAGACAAACAAAUCCUCUUAAGAAGAAGAAAAAGAAACAGAAGAGAAAUAAGGAAGAGAAACAAAAACCCGAAACAGUUCCGGAGUGA